UGAAAUCUUGCUACAGCAACACAUUUCAUCGCGAGAGUGACGUAUGAACGGCCGAAAACGAAAAGCCUCUGUGUGCCGUUGUUAUCUUCUAACAUUUCUGAAGAAUGGAGACAAACGGCCAGGCAAAUGGGCCUAAAUCUAAAAAGGAUAAAAAUGGCGAUACGAAGGACAACUUAUGGUCUGCGAUUUUAGAAGAAGUCCAGAAUCAGGGCAAUACGAAACUACCUUCAAACAAAAAUGUGUUAGUUUUGGGUAAUAAUGAGACUGGCAAAACCACACUAAUCGCGAAAUUACAAGGGGUAGAGGAUCCUAAGAAGGGGUCGGCACUCGAAUAUGCAUAUAUAGACGUAAGAGAUGAAUAUCGCGAUGAUCAAACACGCCUCAGUGUAUGGGUACUGGAUGGUGAUCCAGGGCACACGAACCUGCUCAAGUUCGCCCUCAACGAGGAGACGUUCCCCCACUCGCUGGUCAUCUUCACGGUGGCCAUGACCACGCCAUGGGGGAUCCUGGAGCAGCUACAGACCUGGGCCACGGUGCUCGGGGACCAUAUAGACAAAUUGGAUCUCACACCUGAACAAAGGUUACAGAGUAAAAAACAGCAGCAGCAGAAAUGGCAGCGGUACACGGAGCCGGGCGACGAGAUGGAGCAAGCGGCCUCGUCACCCAUGAAGCGGUCCUCCAGGAACCUGUCGGACGACCUGGACAGCGAGGACGAUGAGAACCCGCUGCCCGAAGCUGUGCUGACCACUAAUCUAGGGCUGGACAUAGUGGUUGUUGUCACUAAGACUGACUACAUGAGCACCUUAGAAAAAGAGCACGACUAUCGCGACGAGCACUUCGAUUUCAUGCAACAAUGGAUCCGGCGGUUCUGCCUCCAGUACGGCGCGGCGCUGUUCUAUACGUCCGCCAAGGAGGACAAGAACUGCGACCUGCUGUACAAGUACCUCACGCACAGGAUAUACGGCCUGCCGUUUAGAACUCCGGCCCUCAUUGUUGAGAAGGACGCCGUGCUGAUACCCGCCGGUUGGGAUAGCAUGAAGAAAAUUAGCAUAUUAUACGAAAACAUGCAGAGCUGUAAACCAGACGAUUACUACAGAGACAUCAUAGUGCAGCCGACGACGCGGAAGAGCGGAGCGAACCGGGAAGCGGAAGUGGCGGCCGAGGACGAGCAGGCGUUCCUGCAGCGGCAGCUGGCCGCGCUGCAGGCCGGCGCGCCCGCGCCGCGCGCAGACUCGCCGCUGCGGGCCGCGCAGCGCGCCACGCAGUUGGACGGCGCGAAAAUCGGCAUGGGCCCGGGCACGCCCGGCAACGAGGGCGUGCUGGCCAACUUCUUCAACUCGCUGCUGUACAAGAAGAGCGCCGCCAGCCCCGCCGGCCGCGCGCCCGAGCCCGCGCCCGCCGCCGCCGCCGCCGCGCGCUCCGACGCCGCCGCCGAACUAGACCGCCUGACGCGCGCAAAGCCACGCCCGCCUCCGAUUGACUUGAACUCAUCCUCCGAGUGCUAGCGCUAAGGGUACAAUGUCGUACAGCGGGCGUACAAAGCACUCGCCUACACCGCGCUCGUUAAACACAUUGCUGGCUUGUACUUGUCGACGCGACAUUACUCGCGGCCGGGUAAGCAUCCAUCCCGUAGUGCGUUCCCGGAUCCCGGGAACAGUCCCGGAUUCCGGGAAACAGUCCCGGACUG